UCUUCUGAAUGUUUCACUCCAAUCGCCAUUCCCUCCCAGCUACCUUCCCAUCCGGGUCCCGUUGUGCGAUGUGAACCGCGCGACCUUCCCGCGAUCGCAAUCCUCAUCCCAUGGCUUUCUCGCCCCCGCGCCUGACCUCCAUCCAUCCCCAUUCCCAUCCCCUCCACCCUUGACAUCCAUCACCAUUUGCGACAAGUCACGACAAUUCACCAAAACCACUCAACCACCAUCAUGCCCCCCAAAAAACGCACCGCCACAAGCCACCCCCCCUCAUCCUCGGCCCCCAAACGAGCCCGCCCAUCCAAACUCGCCAAAGAAAACGACAUCAGCGCCGAAGAAGAAAACGAAAUCAAAGAAGUCUUCCACCUAUUCUCGGAGACCGUCAAUGAAUUCGCAGACGAGAAGGAAGGCGUGAUUCCUCGGGAGGAUGUACGGAAGGCGUUGGUAGCCCUCGGCCUCGACCCCUCCUCCUCCGAAGAACUCCACUCCAUCAUCGAGGCCAUCGACCCCACGGAUACCGGGUACGUGCCCUACGAGCCGUUUUUGACCGUCGCGGCGGCGAAAUUGAGGUCUCGGUCGGAGGAGGCCGUCUCGGCGGAGGUGGAUGGCGCGUAUCGGUUGUUUACGAGGGGUUCCGGGGGGCUGAUUACGUUUAAUCAUUUGCGGCGCAUUGCGCGCGAGCUCAAGGAGGAUGCGCUGGGGGAUGAAUUGCUCAAGGAUAUGAUUUUGGAGGCGAAUGGGGGGGCCGGGGUUAAUGCGGGGGUUACGUUGGAGCAGUUUCAGGAGGUGAUGCAGCGGGCGGGGCGGGCGUUGAUGGGUUUCUAUCUAUGGGUGGUGUUACUUGGGAUGGAAUAGGACAAAGGUGUGCUUGGUAUAAUGGGUUACAUAACGAUAAGCUCGCUGGUCGGAAUCGACACGAAGUACAUGCCAUGCAAUGUUAUACAAAUGCUGCCCUCCUGUCCAAGCCGUUGACGGCGUGAGGAUACAGAAGGGAAGCAUAGAACAAAAGCUAAUGUAAACGCCUUCUAAUGAGUCGCACUCGGGGGUAUCAU